AUGAAAUUGUUCCCGUCCCUUUCAAUCCUGCACCUAGCAGCGGCGGGGUCAGACUUCCACGUCGAGGGUUGUCUCUCCGUUGCCGUGCCAUGGGGCGGGCUCCUUGCUGAUUUGGACAACCAAUGUACUGCGCUCGGUGACGCCAUUUCGGCCCAGUAUCCGGACAUGGAGUUUCGAGCGAACACGUGCUUCUCGACUUGCUCAGCCCAAAACGAAAUCGGAGGGUCGCCGGAAAUUGCUUAUUCUGCUGGCCAGUUGAACCCAACAACUGCGGCCUUUGGUUGCUACGAUGUUUGCGUAGAGGCUUGGAACAUCAACGAAGACGCUGUUGGUAGCGAUGAUGAGGCUGAUGUCCUUGAGUAUAUCGAGAACGGAAUCGGCCUUCCAUACGGUGGCUUUGCCAAAUUCAUAAACGUCAUCAACUUCAACGAAUUUGAAGGCUCUGGAUCUGGUGACGAGGUCAGCACAACAACUGGUCCAACAACAACCACGACGUCUGGAACCGGUACGACCACAACUGACUUCACCACCACCACGACAGUCAACCCCUUCGAGGGCUACAGCGAGUACAGAACAUGUGUCACCAUGUAUUUGCCCAUUCUCUGGCUCUUCGGGUCGAUUUUCGGAAAUGUGAAUGAGCUCUGCUUCAGUUUUACUGGACAGAUCUGUCAGUCGUUCCAUGCUGUCGGAGCUAAAUGCUGGGAGACUGCAUGCGCUGGAACCUGCAGUGGUAAUGGUGUCCAAGACGGUGUCAACGACUUCCUCGAUAACGAUGCUGCCGCUCAGGAGGACAGCCAACAAAGUAGCCAGGCUUUCGACAGCAAUGGCCGCCUGAAGCCAGAUGCACCCCCAAACAAACCAGGUUGUUUUGAUUACUGCUGGACUGUUCAUGCUACAGAUGACCAGAUUGCAACAGUUAUCAACCAAUGGUCCUCCAGCAGUCGCGGCUUUGCUGAGAAAGUCAGUCAGCAGCGAUUCAUCGUCGAUCGACAGAAAACCUUCGAGGUCAUCGCUGACUUCGCCCUUCUUGAUGCUAUCGUUGAAGAGGGUGAAUACACUGGUGGUAUGCAACAGCUUGUUGAUGACACUGUUGAUGCUGGUUUCGUCUGUGAUGCUGAUUGCGACGAGAACAACAUUGUGGAUACCGCUUCUUCAACCAUGUGGGGCAAAGCUGACAACAGUGCCCUUUCAGGUAUCGACUGUCAGGACGGCAACAACGGCGGCUGUUCCCAUCUUUGCACCGGUGAAGGUGUUGACGGAGUCUGCAGUUGCCCUAAUGCUUGUUGGGAUCUUGUCGGAAAAGAGUGCCAGAUUCCCUCUGACAAAGUACUCCUUAAGUGUGAGCCCGAUCGUAUGGUCGCUUACAUCGCCAAGUGCAUUGUUGAAGACCUUGAUGAGGGAGUCACAACUGGCGAUUAUCAUCUCAGCGAUAGCCAAUGCAACCCUGUUACUGGCUACGUCAACGCUACUGAGCCUUGCCCAGCAGAGAUCGACUCUAUGACUACUGGAUGCAUGUCUUUCAACACCCGUCUUGAUGAGUGCUCAACCGGUGUCACUGCUGAUUACACAGCCAACAUCAUGACCUUUUCUCAGACCCUCCAGUCUGCAACAACCGGAAACGCAGUCACUGCUUCAAGCGGAGCUCUUUUCUUCAUGAGCAUUGCUCCAAAAAUCACUGUUGACUUCACCUGUGAGUACAACACUGACUACGAGACUCAUGUUGGAUCUGCUCUCGUAAAUCCAGAUUCUGUUGAUAACUCACUCACCAGCACCGGUAACUUCGUCUUCCAGUUGAACACUCUCGAUCCCGUGUACACACGAAGCGGAGCCAUCACUAGCUGGGCCAUGCAUGAUGCUGUCGCCGAUCCUUACAAUGUCGGUUCUACUCUUUACUACAAGGUCUGCCAAGCCAUGCCUCUCGACAACAUUUACUUCUCUGUUCCCGACUGCACAGUCACCAACGCCAACAAGACUGAGUCCUACGGCAUCAUGGUGAACCAUCAGACCGACGAAUUCGUCAAGUUCCAACGAGUUGGACGGGAUUUCAAUGGUACUUUUGCCGAGUGGGGCAAUGCUGCGGAUCUUGUACCUAUGCCAGCUGGUUCGUGGUACAGCCCAUCAAACGAGCUCUCGAACGACUGUCUCUACUUCAGUUACACCGUUUUCGAGUUCGUUGGUGACGAUAACGACGGAGACCUCCGACUCACCUGCGACGUCCACGCUUGCAACUACGAUGAAGAUCAGCCCAACGACAUCUCAUCUUGCGUGAGCGAGGAUCUUCUCGCCCGACGAAAGCGAUCUACCGACGAUCAAAUUCAGCAAUACUGGCGAGUGGCGGUUGAUAUCCCCCUUCGUCAUCUUGACGUUUAA